AUGCAGUUUGUACGCAAGGCCGAAGAGGCCCUGACUGGCAAGAAGGAUGAGUCGCACGAGUCGACCAAGUCUUCCAACCAUGGACCUCACUCAUCCAACUUGGCCAACAAGCUUGACCCCCGCGUCGACAGUGAUAGAGACAACCGUGCUGCCCACACCGAUGUGACUGGUGCUGGUCCUGGAACAACCCAUGGCUCAACCGCCGCUACAGGCACUCACAGCUCUACUCUGGGCUCUGGCACUACCCACGGCCACACUACCAGCACAAAUGCCGGUCCUCACAGCUCCAACAUCACCAACAAGGCCGAUCCCCGUGUUGACUCUGACCGCGAUAACCGGGCUCGCCACGAGGGUCUUACUGGUGCUGGAACCGGUGCCGGUCUUGGAUCUACCCACAACACCCCCGCUACAACCACUCACGGUUCGGCCCUGGGCUCUGGAACUGGCGCCACCCACGGCACUUCAGCUGUAACUGGCACCGGCGCCGGUCUUGGAUCUACCCACGGCACUACCCACAGCUCCAACGUGGGCCCUCACAGCUCCAAGAUCGCCAACAAGGCCGAUCCCCGUGUUGACUCUGACCGCGAUAACCGUGCUCGCCACGAGGGUCUUGCUGGUGCUGGAACCGGUACCGGUCUUGGAUCUACCCACAACACCGCCGCUACAGGCACCCACGGCUCGACCCUGGGCUCUGGCACUACCCACGGCACCUCUGGUAUCACUGGAGCCGGUGCCGGUCUUGGAUCUACCCACAACACCGCCGCUACAGGCACCCACGGCUCGACCCUGGGCUCUGGCACUACCCACGGCACCUCUGGUAUCACUGGAACCGGUGCCAGUCUUGGAUCUACCCACAACACCGCCGCUACAGGCACCCACGGCUCGACCCUGGGCUCUGGCACUACCCACGGCACCUCUGGUGUCACUGGCACUGGCGCCGGUCUUGGAUCUACUCACGGCUCGACUCUGGGCUCCGGAACUGGCGCGCCUCACAGCACCCCCAUUGUUACCCCCGGCAGCAGCAGCACAAAUGCCGGUCCCCACAGCUCCGACAUCGCCAACAAGCUCGACCCCCGCGUUGACUCGGACCGUGACAGCCAUGCUCAGCCCCGGUCCCCUCUCGCUAGUACUGGCGCCGGUACUACCACCCACGGUACACACACUCGUGAUGCUACUGCUGCUCCCACUGGCUCGGCGAUCGGUCGCUCCGGUCUUGAUUCUGCUGGUCAUCGUGAUGCUCUUGCGGGUAGUAGCUACAACACUCCUGCUACUGGAACUGCUUCUGGUGCUACUGGUACCACUGGCACCACUGGCACCACCGGCCCUCACGGUUCAAGCAUUGCCAACAAGCUUGAUCCCCGUGUCGACUCCGAUGCUACCCGUGCUCAGAACGAGGGUCUUCACCGUCAGAUCUAG